AUGGCCUCCGCGGGAUCCACUGCGUCCGCGCUCGCCUCGCGGCUUUACGAUGCCUGCGUGGAGAGAUAUGAAGCCGAUCAGUUAUUCUAUCAACAGGAUCUUCUCGGCCUCGAUAUCGUCCCCAAGGGCGACGUCAAGCUGCUACUCGAAUGCACACAGACGCUGGUGGAUCAGAAAUUGUUCCGACUUCACCAUGGCAGCAACAACCGUAUUGCAUGGAAGAUUAUCUCCCGAGAAGAUGCUGAAAAACUCCAGAAUCUCACCCCCGAUGAGAGCUUGGUGUUCAAUGUCAUCCAUUCCACCGGCCGAUCAGGCGUAUGGGUGCGCCACAUCCAGUCGCGCACGAACUUGCACAAGUCGAUUCUCGACCGCUCCUUGAAAUCGCUCGAGAGCAGGAAUUACAUCAAAAGCCUUCACAAUGUCAAGUACCCGAAUCGGAAAAUGUACAUGCUGGCUGGGUUGGCCCCCAGUGAAGAUGUGACCGGCGGUGCUUGGUUCACCGAUGGAGUCCUUGACGCCAAUUUUAUCAACAGUGUGGCGGGCUAUAUCGAGUACACUGUCAGUCGGCGCAGCUGGUACGAGGUGCCCGUAGAUCGUGGCCGUAACAAACGACUUAAGACUGCCACCGGCAAGGCAGACAUCAAAUUGGAGUCCGCAGAGAAGACAUAUCUUCCAUAUCCAGCUAAUUACGCCGGUUACCCAACCGUUGAACUUAUCACCAGUGCCGUCAACGAAAGUGGUAUCACUCCGGUACGCCUGGAAGAAGAGAGCAUCGUCCAAUUGCUUCAGAUGCUUUGCUUCGACAAGAAACUGGUUGCACUCAACAAUGGGCGUUCCUAUAAAUCUACGAAGAACCCGGACGUUAUCAAGGCGACCCAGUCCAGGAAGCCAGGCGAGGACAUUCUACCUCUCAUGGAGAGGGGUAACGGCAUGACUGAAUCGCCGUGCGGGCCUUGCCCCAACUUCCGCCUUUGCUCUCCCGGUGGCGCCAUCAGCCCAGAGACCUGUGAAUAUUUCGACCCUUGGUAUGAGAAGAACCUUGGGUUUUAA